GUUGCCAAGGAAAACAUCCGUGUAGUUCAGAGGUAGUUGUACAGAGCGAACAAAGAUGACAAACGUGAGGACUUACAAUCCUUCUGUUCGUGUAGGCAACUGGAAUGAAGACAUCCAGUUAGAGGAGGACACAUUAAAAGAUUUCCUAGAAAAAAGGGAACAAGGACAGCUCCUUUACCAAAAAAGAACAAAAUUAGAACAAACUAUAUUCAAUAAGAUUGACCUCAGUAUAUCAAGAGAUGGGUGUGUCCACUUUGGGGAUAUUGUAAGUUUGCGAUGUCCAGGAACAAAAGAUCGUACGAAGUAUUUUGCCCACAAAGAACCAAGAGACAGCUGUCAGCUUUGUGUGACACCUGCUAUCAACAAAAUUCUUGAGGCUCAAAAACUUGAAGGACCUUGUCAAGUAUCUGCUUCCAAGGACCUCUGUUCCAAUCUUAGAAGCUCUUUUGUUAUAACAAGUAUUGAUGGAAGCAAACAGAAAGGAGAACCACUGAGAUACGGAGAUUUGUUUUAUCUCUGUACACUCGAUAAAGAGGGUGGAAAUCUGUAUUUAUCAAGCUGCCGCGCCACGCUGGAGAAAUCAGCAGCCAGAUCUCGGAAACAGGAAGUGACGUUUGUCAGUGAGCCGUCCUUUAUGACGGAAUGGAGAAUUCUUCAUUACAAUCCACAGAUGAGGAUGGAGUAUGAAGGCAUCCCUGUCCCCGCCAAUGCUAUUACCUUAAUUAACCACAAAUAUACAAACAAUGAUCUAGCAGUGGAGGAGAAUUUUGUCAUCAGAACUCCAUUUGGAACCCAGGAAUAUGAAGUAUCAUGUCACACAUAUUUAGAUUCGCAUCGAGCAGAACAAGAUGUAAACUACUUUAUGAUCAUGAUGGGGGUACCAGGCGAUGAUGUUUACCCUGUAGUAAGCUAGAGAACUCCCAUAACUAAAAAUAAACCCCAAAAUAUACAGCCAGACAGACAUCAUAAUAAACUUAGAUAUCAUUGUCUGAACUUCCAAGGAUUUUUUUGUUGCAUUUUGCACAAUUUUUAUAUAAAAGCUGCUGUUGUUAUAUUUUUCAGUUGAAUUUCAGCCUAGAAUAUCUGUUGUAUUGAACACAAAUUUAUUAAAGAAAUCAAAAUGUAUGCAUUAAGUUUACAGUAUUACAGAAAUCAGGUUUCUGAAAAUCAAAUCCUUUGAAUACAGCAUUCUUAAUUUAAAAAUAUGCAGAAAACUUUAUGAGAGAUUGAUUUACCUAUCUACAGUAUAAUACUGCAUUUGUUUUAUAUUUUCUAUGCAGUAGCUUUCUCACCAUUUGUAAAUACAUGUAUAAUUGAAUAACAUUUAUAGAUGUAUACAUUGUAUAUAUUUAAUAAAUUAUUUUUUAAAAAUG